AUGCCUCGAAAGCGCUGGAUCGACAAGAAUAAUGCUCAGACAUAUAAACUGCUCUACCGCUCGCAAGAUGAUCCUCUCAUCCACGAGGAAGGCGAGCGUGCGCUGUUUGCAGUGGGCGAUCCCACGCCCUCGUCCUCGAAACAGCCCGCCACAGCAAAAGAUCUACAUAUUGCGGAUUUAGAAGAUGAAGUGGACCUAGAAUCGAUGCGAGAGAACGAGGGCGAGGCCGCGCAGUAUGGUGUUUAUUUCGACGACUCAAAAUACGACUAUAUGCAACAUUUGAGAGACAUUGGGGAAGGGGGAGGCGCCGCACAUUUUGUCGACGCCAUGCCAGUCAAGUACAAAGGCAAAGGGAAGGCCAAGAUGAUGAAGCUGGAAGACGCUCUCGCGCAAGCCACACUAGACGACGAAGACGACGCGCCAUCAUUAGUCGAGGGCAGCAGAUAUGGCGAUGCGUACUCCAGCUACACGGCCGCCACCAAGGACAGACAACUUGAAAGCCAGCAAGAUGUACCGGAUGAGAUCGCCGGCUUCCAGCCCGACAUGGACCCCAGAUUACGAGAAGUGCUCGAGGCUCUCGACGAUGAUGCAUAUGUGGACCCUGCGGACGACGAAGACAUCUUUGGCGCUCUCGGGCGUGACGGCAAGAAUGGCGAACUCUCGCUCGAUGAAUUCGAGUACGACUACGGCGCCGCAGACGAUGAUGACGGUUGGGAGUCAGACGCAACCGAGAAAGCACCCAUACAACCAUCCACUCAACCUCGACCCCAACUCAAGCAACUUGACGCCCCAACCUCAGAUUCCCAGCCCAUCUCCACAAACAACGAGUUCUCGGUCGAAGACGCCGAAGCCGCGGCCGAACAAGACGGCGACUGGCUCGCCGACUUCGCCAAAUACAAGCGCGACACCGCCACCGGCGCCCGCAAAGCAACACCUGAUGUAGGCGGGGCCUCAGUUGCCGCCGCCUCCGCUGCCCACGACCAAGCCCCCACGCUCUACACGCUCAACGGCACGCCCCUACGACAGAAGAAACGCAAGGGCGCCCUAACGAACCCAUCCGCCUACAGCAUGACAUCCUCCUCGCUCGCUCGCACAGACGGUCUGCAACUCCUCGACGCACGCUUCGACCAAGUAGAGAAAAUGUACGCGCUCGACGAAGGCGACGAGUUCCUAGACGAAGACGACGACGACGACGAUCGCGACGGCGGCAUGUCCCUAGCCAGCGGCAUGACGGGCCAGAGCAAGAUGAGCAAGAUGAGCCAGAUGAGCCAGCUGAGCACGACGAGCUUCGCGGACGAGGGCGCCGUCCGCACCGACCUGGACGGCAUGAUGGAUGGGUUCCUGGGCGACUGGGCCAAGGCCAACCCCGGCGGCGGGAAGAAGGCGGGCAAGAAGGGCAAGAGGGGCAAGCAUGGGAAUGAGAGGUAUGGGCUGCAGCAGCUGGACGAGGUGAGGAAGGAGCUGGGGCCCGCGAGGCUCAGGAGACCGGUGCAGAAGGGCUUGAGUUGA